GGUUUCGCCUGCAGCCUCACAAAGAGCUCGUUGUCGACCUGAGGCAUGUGGCAGCUGAUUAGUGCGCGUGCGUGUGCGUGGGGGUGUGUGUGAUGAGGCAGGUUGAGGUUGUUACGUCACAGUCCACAGGAGACGUCGGGAGGCGGACACACCGGACCCGCAGCUCGCUUUUGUGUUUCCUCGGGUUCAACAUGGCGGAAACACGCAGAGCGCCGGCGCGCGGCAGGAAGAAAUGGGUUGUUCCCCAGAGGAGCGACAGAAAUAAACCGAGCGUCCAUCCUCCUGACGGACAGGUGGAGAGAGAUCUGGCGGUUCCUUUCAGAGGUCCCAUCACAGGUGGGAUGCAUCCGGGAAAGAAGGUUCUGGUGGUGUGUGUUGUGGACUCGAGUCCUGACAGGUUCUACAUCGCCCUGACGUGUGGCCCCGGAUCCGAGGAGCCGCCCCCCGACGUGGCCCUGGAGCUCUGCGUUCGAUUCGAGGACCGACAAGUCCUGCGCAGGGCCUGCGUGGCCGGAGCCUGGGGGGACGCCGACCGGGCCGUGCCCUUCUUCCCCUUCAUCACGGACCAGCCGUUCAAGAUGGAGAUCCACUGUGAACCCAGUCGGUUCCGAGUGCUCGUGGACGGCCAGAAGCUGUUCGACUUCCAGCACCGGCUGACGGCGCUCGGCGACAUCGACACGCUGUGGAUCAGAGGCGGCGUCACCGUCACCAAGCUGGCCUGAGGUCACGACCUCCGGGAGCCGCAGGGUUCUGGGGUCACGACCCUUUACGGGGGGGGGACCCGCACGCUUGCGGCGACCCGCUCUGUGGUCCCUCUGGAUGUUUGGGAUUCAGAUGAUCGACGUGGAGAGAGAGAGAGAGGGAGAGAGACACUCACUCUGGGUGGGAACUGUCUUUUGUGAACGUUUUGAAACAUUCAGCAAAAAAAGAUCACAGAAUAUUUCGAAAAUCCCAUUUUUGGGAUCUGAUCGGCCCUUAAUUAGCUUUAUUGUCGUUGUUAUUUUAUGCCAACAGAUGUUCCACCACGACUGUAAAUAUGAAGCCGACACGUAGAGAGUUACCUGAAGGCCGCUGGUGCAACGGUUUGAAUAUUUAUGGAAUAUUUGUAAUAGUAAAUAAAGGGCGACUACCUCAAAACACAUUAAAAGUACAGGAACAACUGUAUGAGAAAUAAACCACUAUUUCUUUA